ACUUCUCUUCCGACCAUGUCGAUACCAUUCUUCAAAAAGGGCAAGACGCGGCCGAGCACCGCGCGCAAGCGGUCUGCCUCGCCCCCACCUGCGGGCACCACCCCCGCAGCGUCCUCGUCGUCGUCGUCAUCGGUGGUGCUGCCGACGCGGAAGGCGGCGGGGAACCUGCUGAGCGCGGGGAGCAAGCGGACGCUGACGCAGCGGGAGCUGGAGGACGCCGCGGUCGAUGCAGAGACGCCGGAGCGGGACGGGCCGGACGUGAAGUGGCGGGCGGAGCACUCGCACGUGAACGCGGCGCUGGACAUCCUCGCGGGCGACGAGGCGGAGGAGCUGCUUGCCAAGCGGCGGCGGCACGAGGCCGGGCCAGAGGAGGCGGCGCCGGACGACGGGCUGUACCGCGGGCAGAAGGCGUACCACGCGCACCUCCAGAAGAGCAGCGAGGUCCCCAAGGCGCGCCGCGUCGGCCCGCAGCGCAGCACCGGCAGCACGAUCAGGACGGUCACGAUUAUCGACUACCAGCCGGACGUGUGUAAGGACUACAAGGAGACGGGCUACUGCGGGUUCGGGGACACGUGCAAGUUCCUGCACGACCGCGGGACGUACCUCGCGGGCUGGCAGCUGGACAAGCUCGCGGACGAGGCGAAGCGCGCGCCCGGGGACGCCGCGGAGUCCGAUUCCGACUCGGACGACGAAGACGUGCCGUUCGCGUGUCUGAUCUGCCGGAAGCACUACACGGACCCCGUCGUCACCCGCUGCGGGCACUACUUCUGCGCAGCCUGCGCCAUAAAGCGCUUCGCCAAGACGCCGAAAUGCGUCGCGUGCGGCGCACCGACGGGCGGCAUAUUCAACCGCGCGGACAAGAUCAUCGAGAAGGUGAACAAGAAGCGGGCCGAGAAGGGCGAUGGAGAGGAGGAGGAGGAUAAAGGCGGCGGGGUGGAGAUCGAGGGGCUGCAGGCGAAGAAGGGUGAUGAUGAGGCUAGCGAUGAAGAGCCGAGUGACGAGGAUUGA